ACGCGCAUAAACCCGUCCACCAGCCGCCAAUCAGCACGUCUUUCGCGUCCGUCCGAAUUUUACCGCCGCCGCCGGCCGCGCCGCUUCGCCCGGAUUCGAUUCAGUAUCGCGCGCGGACCUUCCCUCGCCGCUUCCGGUCGAUACGAUUCCCGGAUUCCCAUUAGCAGCGACAGAAGCAGUAGCUACAGUUACAUACUUAUACAAUAAUAAGUAAUUACAGCUAUUGCCAAUAGCCGUUCGUCAAAGGCGCCGUCGACACGGCGAUGAUGAUGUCGUUGUUGUCGUCGACGACGACGGCUCCGGCGGCCAGCGCCGUUGACGCCGCCGCCGGGACGGGCUCGUCGGCGUUGACGGUGACGGCACUGACGGUGGCGUGCGCAACGCUCGCGCUGAUCUUGGUGCUCAUGUGCGCGUUGGACCUGCCGUAUUUCUUCCGGUCGCUGUUCAGUUACGUGGCGGCGACGUGCAUCAAGAAGAAGCUCCGGGUCACCGACACGGCCGUAUACUCGUCCGUGUGCCUGACCACCGACCUGGACGUGUACCUGACGCACAUGAACAACGCUCGGUACCUGCGCGAGAUCGACCUGGCCCGCAUCGAGUUUCUGCUGCGCACCGGCCUGUGGCAAGAGCUCCGGCGCCGCGGCGGCCUCAUAUUCACCAUAUCCAACAGCGUCCGAUACCGCAAGUUCGUGCGGACUUUCAGCCGGUACGAGAUCCGCACCAGGAUCGUGUACUGGGACGACAUGUCCAUAUUCUUUGAGUUCCGGUUCGUGUCCAAGGCUGACGGUUUCAUCCGGGCCAUCGUGUACAACCGGCAGCGGGUCGUUGACUGCAGCGCGGACGAGCUGAUGCGCACCGUAAUCGGCGGCGGUGCGUCGGCGGCCGCCAAGACCGCGGACGCCGACAACGCGUACCGGCGACCCGAGUGUCCCAUCGAGAUACAUCACUGGAUACAGUCCAACCUCAUGUCCAGCGCCAUCCUCAAGGCCGAGAUGGGCGACGGUGACCCGCUGUAGUGCAUGCGCGUUUGAUGAGGGGGCGGUCCGGUCCCAGGCAUACCCGUUUGGGUGCGUAACAUAAGUUAAUAUACCUAUCGCACUUUAGGGUGUAAGGUCCACUCAAUGUUUGGGCACACACACAUUAUUUCCCUACAUAUUACCUCUAGCACGUUUGGGCGCAUCUACUCGCCUGAGUUUGUUGUGGCGUUAUAGGUACCCGGGAGAUGCAUCGGCACCAGGAGGUCUGUAGUCUCUCAACGAUUUUAUGUUUGCACUUUUUCACUACUUGUUAGUAUCUAUUAUAUCUACAACCAUAUAGUACUAUUAUUAUUUGUACUCGUGAGUUUCUGAUGAUAGGUGUUAUUUUUUAUACAUUGUUUUUAUAUGAUAAAUUAAAUUUGUAUUCCGACAUGAUUGUUCUUCAGUGUAUUUUUUCAAUUUGAACUUUAAUUCCUCAUAAUUUUUUUAUGUAAUAGAACGUGUGUCUUUUAUUUUACACCGUAGGUACCUAACGUGUUUUAAAACAAACAAUGCACCCAAACGUGGUGUACGCCCACACCGCGAUAUACACAGCUGCAUCUGUACCCGAAGAUGCACUUCACAACGGAUCACGCGUGUGCAGUGGGAUUGUAUAUUGAUUAUUACUGCUUUGUUAGAGGGCUCGAUUGGUUUUUAUCCUUUUUUUUUUUUAAAAAAAAUUAUAAAUUUUAUCGAUUGUACUGUCAAAAAAAAAAAACAAUUAUGAAAAUAUCAUAAUAUUAUUAUGACCGUUCGCUUACCAACUAGUUAUUUUAUUAUUAUUAUACUCGUCUGUACCUUGAACGUUCUAGUCUCGUUAUACUGCCUUUUAUGUAAUAUAAUUUUAAUUAUGUUCGGGUACUUCUGUAUGUAUAGGUAAUAAUACUAUUGAUUAUAAAUACUCGUGUUUAUAUGUUUUAGUAUGUAUUGAUAAUAUUAUUAUAAAUAACGACGUCCAUUUUACCGGCGAUUUAUUUUGAUUUUUGAUACAUUUGACGUUAAUGUAGACAAUAAAUGUAUAAUUUUAUUUUUACCAA